ACUUUUUCCCAGUAUUAUCUACUAAACUUUUGAUCUUCAACUGCAGACAUAAUUCACAAAGGAAGGUUAUUUCUCAUUCUUCAAAAAACAAAAUGGCGUCUGGUAAUGUAGCACGUCUUUUGUCGAAAAAUACCGACGUUAUUAUAAAUUCAUUCGCUCGGUUAAAUUUGGGUGGAUCUAGCAUACGAUCAACAUCUAACAGAUUAUUAUUUUGUCAUUCGAGGCAAAAUGUCGUACCUUUAUUAUCUCAGGGUAUUGAUGAGCUACGAGUCAAGCAGGUGCGCCUCUACAGCUCGAAGCCACCUAUGUCAUUAGAUUUGAUUCGUCAGCGGGUGCUUUUAUUACUCAAGUUGUAUGAUAAAAUUGAUUCAGGGAAGUUAUCUGUGGAUUCUCAUUUUGUAAAUGAUUUGGGUCUUGAUUCUUUGGAUCAUGUUGAAGUUAUAAUGGCCAUAGAAGAUGAAUUUGGUUUUGAAAUUCCUGAUAUGGAUGCAGAAAAAUUGAUAACGCCUGGACAUAUAAUUCGCUAUGUUGCAGAUAGAGAGGACAUUUAUGAAUAAUAGAAAUUGAGAUUAUAUUAGUAAAAACUCAUCAUUAAUUGUUAAAACAGGCUAUGACCGUAAUAUCAUUUUUUUAUUAUCUUUUGCUUGAAGAGUAAUUGAAAUACCUGUUUUUGUCUGUAAAUAGAACCAGUGAUCAUUAAAUAAAUAAGAUAAUCUCAAAUA